AUGUUUGAUGAAGACUAUUGGCGCCAGGAAGAAGACGAGGAAGACUCUUUAGCGGCAUUCGUUGGAUCAGCAAUCCUAGGCCGCCCCACUCCGAUCCGAACUCUACGAACGUACCUUACACGAGACGAUCUGGCCGGUCAUCCUCAAUCGAGUAGUGCCUGGGCUCACUUGCGAAUGGUUGGGAAUGAUCGAGCAUACAUCACCACCAUGGGCGUCGAUGUUCGGACCUUCAAGGCAAUGUUACAACUUUUCAAUGCUGCAUGGGAUUCAGAAGCGAUCUGCCGUGCCGAUGUGAACCCAAAUGGUGCACCUCAACUAGCUAGACGAUCUCUUGAUGCGGCCGGUGGCUUAGGUCUUGUAUUACACUGGCUCAGUUUGACUAUGGCUUCACAUAGUUUGCAGCAAAUUUUUGCCAUAACACCGGCGGUUUGCGCUCGAUAUCUGAAAUACAGUCGCAAGCUUCUCCUGGAUGUAUUGCGGGAUCUGGAAAUGGCCAAGAUUGUUUGGCCAUCCAAUGAACAGAAAACAAAGUAUUACAGCCCUUUGAUCAAGCGCAAAUUCCCACUGCUUACAAAGUGUUUUGGUUUCAUCGAUGGAUUGAAUUUUCCUGUCAUGGUAGCCGAUGAUUAUGACCUUCAAAAUGCCUACUACAAUGGUUGGACUUGCGCUCAUUAUUGCAGCAGUGUCCUAACAUUUGCUCCUGAUGGCACAGUCAUACACGCAAUCCUCAACGCACCUGGAUCCUGGCACGACUCAAAUGUGGCGGAGCAAUUGUACCAAAAUUUGCAGCAUAACACCCCACGUGGGUACCGGGUGAUUAGUGAUACUGCGUUUCCCAGGGUGACUAAUCGGCUGGGCUAUCGAAUUGUUGCCCCUGCAAAGCGGGGGGACAAGUUGCCAAAGGAUUCAGUAUGA